AUGCCAAUUGUUGAUAGUUGUGAGGUAUUGUUUCCCUCUAUGGAAGACCAUAUAAUAAUAGGAGUUGAUUUACAUGGUGAAUGGGUGGAGAAUCCUACUCGUUAUACUUGGCGUUCGAAGGGCCGAGAGACAGUACCGAUAAAGAUAAGCGAGAAUGUUACGUACGAUGAAUUGGUUGACAUCAUUGUUUCUAGGUUUGAAUUAGAUUGUGAUAAAAAUGAUCUCUCUAUUAGUUACAUGCUUGGCUUUAUUGAAAAGCAAAAAGGAGCUCCUUCUAGGAUAAGAAACGAUCUUGAUUUGAGAUUUUUUUUGGAUGAUCAAAGUAGGCCAAUUUUAAGGAUAUCUGUGGUUGAGAAGAUUAUAGAGACUACAAAUUCAGUUGUAAAUGAUGAAGAGCAUCCUGUUACAAUGGAUAUUCCUAUAAAUGAGGAAGCUUCACUACAUUCGAUAUCAACACAAGGUAGCCGCUACACAGAUGAUGACGGCACAUAUUUUUAUAAGGGUAAAAUUUUCAAGGACAAGCAAGAAUUAACUAAAUUGUUGAAGCUUGCUUCCGUGAAGAAAGAUCAAAGAUUCAAAUCUGUGAAGAGUUCUAAAGAUGUGUAUUGUGCUAGAUGUGUAGAUCAGAAUUGUGAUUGGUGGUUGCGAGCUACAAAACUUAAAAGUUGUAAUAGAUUUGAAAUUACAAAGUAUCGCAACAUUCACUCAUGUGGGGCACAACACCUUACAAGUCAUCAUCCACAUGCCUCAGCAGAUGUCAUUGCAGAAUACAUACAACCUAAUUACUUGAAUGGAAAAGGUCCCUCCACAAAAGACAUAAAAAAUAUAGUGCAAGCAGAUUUGGGCUGCAAGAUUAGUUACUGGAAAUGUUGGAAAAGCAGUGAGAUAGCAAAGGCUAUGAUAAGAGGGACACCGGAGCACGGAUAUGCAGUUCUAGAUGGUUAUCGUCAUAUGCUUAUGACUAUAAAUGAAGGAAGCAAGACAUCGUUAAAGCUUGAUGACAAGGGAAGGUUCAAAUAUUUUUUUGCAUCUUAUGGAGCUUGGAUUAGGGGGUUUGUGCAUAUGAGAAAAGUUUUAGCCGUUGAUGGAACAUUCUUAAGAGGUAGUUACGAUGGAGUUUUGUUGUCUGCUGUCGCACAGGAUACAGAAAAUCAUGUUUUUCCUGUUGCAUUUUGUGUAGUAGAUAAGGAAUGUGAUGCCGCAUAUGAGUACUUUUUUGAGAAAUUGUUGGACAUAGUCCCUGAUACUUCAGAGUUGUGCAUUAUUUCUGAUAGGCAUCCAAGCAUAGAAAAAACACUAUCAAAAUUUUACUCUGAAGCAUACCAUGGAUGUUGCACGAGGCAUCUUGGUGAAAAUGCCCGUAAAAAUUUUCAUUGUGGAGCUUUUCUUGGACAUUAUUACCAUGCAACAAAAGCAUAUCGGAGAGAUGUGUUCCAUGACCAUUUUGAACAAAUCCGAAUUAUCAAUGCGGAGGUCGCUGAUUAUCUUGAGAAUGUUGGGUUUCACAAAUGGAGUAGAGCAUAUUUUCCAGGAAACAGAUAUGAUGUAUUGACCUCAAAUAUUGCUGAGUCUGUUAAUGCAAUGUUCAAUGAAGCAAGAGAAUUUCCCAUUAUUGCCUUGUUCAAUGAUAUAAGCAAGAGAUGGUCGGAAAAAUUUCAUGAGAGAAGAAUGGCAUAUGCCAAGUUAAAAACCACCUUCGUUCCUUCAACUGAAACUAAAAUAAUGGCUAAUAAGAGUCUGGGAAAUAAAUUAUUGGUCCAUCAAAUUGAUGAAGACACCUUCAGCGUCACCGCGGACAAUGGAAUCGCAAUGGUCCAUCUUCGAAGUAAAAUAUGUUCGUGUCGAGAGUUUGACUUGGAUAAAAUACCCUGUCAACUUGCUAUGGCUGCGCUCAGACACAAAUUUGGAGAUGAAUAUGGCAAGAUUAUUUAUGAGUACUCUUCUCCGUAUUAUAAGGUAGAGUCAUAUAUACUUGCAUAUGCAGAUCCAAUCUAUAGUGCAAGCAGAUUUAGGCUGCAAGAUUAG